AACACUGUUUGAGCUUUAUUAAUUUGAUAUACCCUUGGAAGAGGAGAGAGCAACAUUUUUUUUCUUCUUGCCUAAGUCAAUAUAGAAAUGUAAAGGAAACCAACUUCCAGCAUUUAUGCAAACAUUGACAUACUGAGGCAUGUCUGUUCUCUACAGCUGGGCUUCUUAGAACUAAUAACUUGCUGGAGGUUGAAGCUGAAAAGAAGCUGAUCUGGCCUAUGACAGUGCUAUACGUGAGGGGAAUCACUGUAAGUAAGGUUGGAGCCUGUAUGUGUACAGUUCAAAUCAUAAUUCCUAAAAAGAGACUAUAGCAUAGUAUAAUAUACUAAAUAGGUGAGGACAGAAAAUGUUGUUCUGUUGGCCAAUUCACACUGCGUUUUUUAAGAACCCUCUGUUCAAAAGAUAAAGAGAAAAUACAGAAUUCUAGCUGAUCCCCCACCUCAGCUGUUGUGUGAUUUUAUGGUAACUGGAUAACAGUGAUGUGCACCUUGAAUCUUUUGCAGGAAGACUUCUAAUAUCCUACUGAAUCCUAAUAUCACACUGAAUUGUAAUUAGGCCCAUUUAUAAUGUAAUGACGAACCAUGGUUUACAUGCUAUGGGAACGCAUUCUGGGAAUGACUGAUUUACCCAGAUUAAUGUUCAAAAUUCCAAUUCAAAAUUGCAUUUUUAAAUUUGUUUAGCUGAGUGCCCCACUGUUCGGAUGGGAAAGCUUGAAUAUAAACAUUUUAAUGGAAAAUAAUACAAAUAAGCAAUACAGACGUCCCUGGAGUCAGGAACAAAGCUUCUUAAGAUACACAUAGAGAUGAAUCACAGCCUACCUUUCUUUAUACAAAUGUUUAUAUGUGUAUGCAUAUGUGUGUUCCACUACAGUGUUUGGUAAAACAGUAUCUAUAGAUUGAAGCUACAGGGCAUUUCCCUUGUAAGUCAUGCACUAUGAAUUUAUGUGCAUAGGGUUUAAAUAUUUCCAGAUGGAUUGUGUCAGUGGCUUUAAUGGCAAGUGGGCAGGUCCUAGCAAGCCUUCUCAGUAACAAAGAUAAAUGUGUACAGUGAAGUUCAGCUUCCUGGCAAGCAAUUAAAUGCCUUGUCUCUGACUCAGAACCACGGGCAUUUGCCAGCAAUUAACUGGAGUAAUGCCAGAGAGCUCACAAAUGACGAUAUAUAUAUAUAUAUUGGCCAUUUUAACAAUUGUAACAAAAAGUAGGAUUGUGGGGGGAUUGCCAUCAAAGCAGUGAUAAAGAGUCGUAGAAUCUACAAUCCCCAAAGUGGCCAAGUUACUUCAUUAUUUGGUCAGUGUUCCUAACUCAGUGCUGGUUUCCUAACUAGGCUUGAGGUGGUGAUUCAGAGCAGGGCUGGUUUCGGCUGGAGUUAGUUGUGGGGGGAAUGGAACUGUCUUUUGGCUACCUCUUUGGUCCAACAUCCGUAUCUUAAAUAGAAGAAAAUAAUUAUUGUCAUUAGAUAUUGUUGUAGCUUUGUGUCUUAAAAUAGCUGCAGAGGAACUGUAACCAUCCAAUGGAAAAGAGAAAUAUUCAAACUCCAGCGUGAUGCCUCCAACUGUGGAUGUAGUACAUGACACGUAACCAUUCCAUGAAUUUGUCCAACCCUCAUUUUAAGCCAUCCAAGUUGGUCCCCAUCGCUACAUCUUGUGGGAGUGAGUUCCGUUGUUUAACUAUAUGUUAUAUGAAGAAGUACUUUUUUGUCUGACAUUUGUUUCUUCCUGCUCUAUGAUUUUGCCCUUUGCCAGUUGUGCUGAUUUUGACUUUUGUACAGUGCAAGCCAUCUUAUUCUUAAAGGUGAGAUGUUGAAGGUGCAAAUGCCGAUGGAAAAGGAGACACUUAAAAGAUAUCAGUGUGGCUGCAUAAGGAGCUUACAGAUGAGCUGAGAUAUAAGAAGAGAAUGCACAAGAAAGGGAAGAAAGGAGAAAUCAUGGUGGAAGAGUAUACAUGAGUAGCCAACAGCUCCACAGAGAAGGUCAGGAGGGCCAAAGCUUGGAUAAACUCAGGCUUGCAAGAGAAUAAUUUUAAAGUUUAUUUUCAGCUACGUUUGAGGCAAGAGGAAGAAUAAGCAAAUAGUAGGUUGCUUUUGAAUUAUGGUGCUGGAGGAGACUCUUGAGAGUCCCAUGGACUGCAAGAAGAUCAAACCUCUCCAUUCUUAAGGAAAUCAGCCCUGAGUGCUCACUGGAAGGACAGAUCGUGAACCUGAGGCUCCAAUACUUUGGCCACCUCAUGAGAAGAGAAGACUCCCUGGAAAAGGCCCUGAUGCUGGGAAAGAUGGAGGGCACAAGGAGAAGGGGACGACAGAGGACGAGAUGGCUGGACAGUGUUCUCGAAGCUACCAGCAUGAGUUUGACCAAACUUCAGGAGGCAGUGGAAGACAGGAGUGCCUGGCGUGCUCUGGUCUAUGGGGUCACGAAGAGUUGGACACAACUAAACGACUAAACAACAACAACAAAAGGUCUCUUGAGAAGAUUGAGAAAUGCUGUUGGGUUACAGAGAAGAGGGAACUUUUCAACACCUACUUUGCCUCUGUCUUCACCCAGAAGGAAAAGCAGUGUCCAACCUGGUGAUUACAGAAUAAAUGGAAGGAGGGAGCUGCAGCCCAAUGUCUACUCUACACAACGUCCAGAUCAGGGAUUUCGUUUGCAACAACUUUUAACACUGCAUCAUCACUCUGUGCAGCCACCAACAAAAACGUGCAACCGCAAGGCAAUGCAUUGCAUGUGAGUAUUUAUAGCAAUGGAGAAAUCAAAACAUUGCAAACGCCCCGCCCCCUUUGUAAUGGUUAUCUGUUGGUAAUGCAAAGGGGGAUAUCAGCAGGCAACUUUCUCCUUCCUGCUAAGGAAGCCUGCGUGGGCCGGGCUCCUCUCGCGCAUCCCGCAAAGCAUCUGGAAAUGCAAGACCUCUCUCCCUCUCCGCAGGCAGAUUCCGGACAAAGAAGCGGCUGCGUUUUCCUCGCCUGGCUUUCAUCCAAGCAGACGGCUCUGGGGCGAGGAGGAGGACCCGGCGGCGGGGCAGUCGAGCCGGGCGCCCCCCAGCGGCCAUUCUCUGCCAGAGCCGGGAAAGCGGCGCCGCUGUCGAGGGGCGCAGAAGUUGCCUUCGCCCCUCGCCUGUGCGGCGCGCUCCCUCCACCCCACCUCCCCUUUUCCUGCCUCCGUCCGCAUGUGGCUGGGGGGGGGGGGAGAGACCCCCUGCCUUCUCCGCCCACCCCUCUCCCCCUCCGCUUAGCCGGGCGGACACUGCUGCUGCUGCGGGCUGCGCAUUCCUGGCCGCCCCCCCGGGGAGGGACUGAAAGGCUCGCUUAUGCGCGGCGCAGACACUGCCCGAUUCAUCCGCGCCUCGCCUCUGCCUCCCGCUCGCUCCGCCAGCGCCAUGAAGCUCCUGCAGCCCUGCCCGCCUUUGCCGGUCGCCUUCGCGGCGCUGCUGCUGCUGGGGGUGCUGUCGGCGAGCCCCCCGGCCGGCCUGGCCGAGACCCCCAAAGGCAAGCAGAAGGCGCUUCGCCAGAGGGAGGUGGUGGACGUGGUGAGUGCGCAGCGACGGCGCCGCGAUCCCCGGAGGGCUGCGCAGGGUCUCGGGCUGGGAUGGGUGGUGGGUGGCAUGGAGGCAAGCAGCAUUGCAUGGGAUGGGGGCAGAGGCGUACCUUAGGCUCCCUUGCACCCUGGCCAAGCGGCUGGGCGCUCUGCCAUUCCAAGCCAGAGUGGAGAGGCACCAUUUUGGCGCCCCGCUGGGACCAAGGGUGUCAACUUGGAUAAAAUAUGGAGGGGGGCAGAUAAGCCCCGCUCCACAUAAUUGAUCACAAGAUGCGUCACACACACAUCAUUUGAAUGGCCUUGUCCAUCAACUGGGGGGGCGGGCUAGGAGUUGGCUCCUAUGCCUGGGCCGGCAGCCUUGGGGGGCAACCUUUCCAACCCCUAGGUACACCCCUCAAGGAGACCUCCUGCUUAGCCCUCUUCUUGGUGUGCCACUUCCCGUCUUACUCAUUUAUAUCCCACCAUAAAAAGCAGCAGCCUGGCUAGCAAAGGUAAAAGGACCCUUGACUGUUAAGUCCAGUCGAGGACGACUCUGGGGUUGCGGCACUCAUCUUGCUUUAUUGGCCGAGGGAGCCGGCGUUUGUCCGCAGACAGCUUCCGGGUCAUGUGGCCAGCAUGACUAAGCCGCUUCUGGAGAACCAGAGCAGCACAUGGAAACGCCGUUUGCCUUCCCACCGGAGUGGUACCUAUUUAUCUACUUGCACUUGACGUGCUUUUGAACUGCUAGGUUGGCAGGAGCUGGGACCGAGCAACGGGAGCUCACCCCGUCAUGGGGAUUUGAACCACCGACCUUCUGAUCGGCAAGUCCUAGGCUCUGUGGUUUAGACCACAGCGCCACCCGCGUCUUGCCGUGCCACUUCCCGUCUUACUCAUUUAUAUCCCAUCAUAAGAAUUAGCAGCCUGGCUAGAUCAGGCUAAAAUAGCCCAGCUUCCUAUUCUCCCGGUGGCCAGGCAGACGCCAAUGGGGGGAGUCCAGGAGCACAGGGGACUGCAGUGUGAUCUCCUCCAAAGAACUCAAGGUGGCCUACCUGGUUCUACCUUGCAUUCUCCAGGUCACCCUCACAACAACCCUGCGAGGUAGGUCAGGUGGCUGACUGACUCCAGGUCACUCAGUAAGCUUCUUGGUCGGCUGGGGAUUUGAGCCCUGGUCUCCCAGGUCCUGGUUGAUGGGUCUGACCUCUGCACCAUGCUGGCAACAAACGAUGUGUAAGAAGAUAAUAAGCCAAGCCCCCAAUGUUUUCGAGCUGCUGAAUAAGAUUAAGAAAACAAACCUGACAGACACAAUACUGGAAAAGGAGAGGAUGUGGGGAGGGAACAAAUGAGCAUUAUUAUCAAACGCAGCUGGGCGGAAGAUGCAGUCCGCAUCCAGAAUUCGACUAGUUUCUGAAAACUUGCAAAGAUCCUUCUGAAUGUUGAAUGGCUCUAAAGCCACAUUUAGAUAUGAUGGUGCGCAAUUAGAAUAAUUUACCCGUGCAUGUGUUCCGUUUCUAAUUUAAACUGGGUUGCCUGGCCGUCACAUCCAAAAGCACGCAAGGCUUAAUGUUGCUGACGUUAAGCAGUUCUGGGUUUGGUAAGAAAAUAACAAAUAGUGUGCAAGGGAGGCACAAUCUAGCAGGGGCCAUACUGCAACAGGAUGCUAAUGUUGCAUACAUAAUGUGAUGCCAGGUUCAAACAACACUAUGCAGAUAAAUCCUUACUGUUUACCUGGCAUCAUGUUUAAAUAAAGCUUGACUGAUGGAAAUUAAUCUUAAAGUCUGCAGAUGGGGUGGAAUGGGAGCUGUGCUGUGCUCAUUGUUACAACUUGAGAUCUCAAGGGCUGUGUACCUAAACAUGCAGAUGUUUAUUCUUCAUCCAGUGUGCUUCCAUCUCUCAUUUGGGAAGCGGUGUACACCUGAUGCUAUCUAGCCUGUUGUUUCUUCUUUUAUGCAUUUCCCCCCAAACCAGCUUUGGCCUACCUGUGUGUUAAACUGGCAAUGCAUACAGCCUUUCUCUCUGCUAACGUAAAACUCACAGCUGCCUGCAGGGUUGCAAAAGAGACAGCUGUGUAAUCUGCUGUGGUGGGACAUUAUGGCUGCAGAGGAUGAGUAAUCUGACUGAUCUCCUCCGCUCUUUGUUAUUACUCACUGAGCAUGAAUAUUUAGGGAAAUGGUUAGUGGGUUUCUUAAAACAUUCUUCCUCACUCAAGCCAUUCAUUGCCACGUUGGACACAGAAGCAGAGCUGGCCUUGGUAGGCUGUGGCUGUACUCACCACAUUUCUUUAAGUAAUAUGUCCAUUGGGGAAAGCAAUGCCUGGUUUAUGUGUGUGUAUGAGAGACAAGGCGGGGGAGAAAAAUGGUUCCUUUGCAACAACAAAAUAACCAAUGUGGCUAUUGGUUUACUGUUUCAGGCUCAAACAACUAUGUAUAUAUAACUAUGUGUCUAUAAAAUGGGAAUAAUUUUGAUUUUCAGUAUAAUGGGAUGUGUUUGCAAGGACCUAAUGGUGUUCCUGGAAGAGACGGAAACCCUGGUGUCAAUGGAAUUCCUGGAACACCUGGGAUCCCGGGUCGAGAUGGACUAAAAGGAGAAAAAGGAGAAUGCAUGAGAGAAAGCUUUGAGGAGUCUUGGACACCCAACUACAAACAAUGUUCAUGGAGUGCUCUGAACUAUGGCAUAGACCUUGGAAAAAUUGCAGUAAGCAAGUACCAUUGCAUUUAUAAUGUAUAUUACAGCAACAGAGGUGGGUGAGGGUACAAAGAUGUGGUGAUAAUUCUUUUCCUUAUCGCUUUGGCUUCCUUAUUCCUAGCAGCUAGGGCCUACUGCAGUCAGCAAUCAGAGAUCCACUUAAGGAGGCCCACUGAGGCAUCUCAAAUGACUGAUGAAAGAUACUGUAAGCAAGCUCUGGUAUUAGGAUUUAAAUAUAAAAAUCUAGAGCAGAGGACGCAGAGGAUUGCUGGAGAAGGGAUGCUAUUUGGCUAACUCUAUAAGAAAUAACCAGGAGUCUGUUGCACUUUAAAGACUAACCAAAUUAUUAUGGCAUAAGCUUUUUUGAGGCAGCUGUCCCUUUAAGGUAGUAACUAUUUCUUUUUAAAUGACAAGUCAAUAAAUAAUCAACCACUUAAACACACUUUUUCUUGUUUUGUAAUAGGAGUGCACAUUCACAAAGAUGCGCAGCAACAGUGCUUUAAGAGUCCUCUUCAGUGGAUCACUUAGACUAAAAUGCAGAAACGCUUGUUGCCAGAGAUGGUAUUUUACAUUUAAUGGAGCUGAAUGCUCUGGGCCACUUCCCAUUGAAGCUAUAAUUUAUUUAGAUCAAGGAAGUCCGGAAUUAAAUUCCACCAUUAACAUACACCGCACUUCUUCAGGUACGUAUCAAGAUAAUCUUGUGAGACCAAGAAGAAUUUCACUGUAAAAAUUCUGGGCACAUGUGAGAUGCAGAUGGCGUUACUUGCCUGGUUCCCUGUAGCAAAUAAACACAAUAAUAAGGUAAUAGGUACAUCAGAGUUUUCCUUUCUGGUGAUAAAGAACUAAGGUUUAGGAUCAGACAAAUGAGAAUCAAACCUCCUCCAGGCUUAGACCCACCCAGCUAUAAGCUAGAAAGUAUAGAGAUAUAAACACUGGCCUGUGAGCGUUCCAUUUGGAGAACAGCCUUUACCAAAGGUGCCAUGCGCUUUGAAGACACUUGAACUCAGGACAAAAGGAAGAAAUGUGCUAAGAGGAAGGCAUGCUUGGCAAACCCUAACCAUGAUCAGUUAUGGCCCAGAAACCUAUGUCCCCACUGUGGAAGGAUGUUUGGAUCCAGAAUUGGCCUCCACAAUCAUUUAUGAACUCACUGUUAAAACUGUGUUUAUGGAAGACAAUCUUACUUGGCUACGAGUGAUCGCCAAAGAAGAAAGUAUAGAGAUAUAAAUGCAGCUACUAGAGCCCAACUCUAGACACCACCUGGUAGCCCUGCAUCUGGAAGGAAGGUUGACAGAGCGUAAAAGCCAUUAAUGUUGCCCCACAGCAAACUGCUAGUGAUGGCUGAUCCAUUCAGCUUCUUCCCUGAAUUGUAGGAUGCUAUAGCAGAAAAACAUUUGUUCCAGAAUGCAAAGGUCAGAAACUAAACCAAUUAUUGUCCUUUAAAUUUGCUCAGACACACAGAGUAUGAGUAGACAACUGAACAUUGUUAAAGUUUCCAUUAAAAUGAGAGCACCUUCUCACAGAAUAUUGAUUUUGUUUACUGACAGCUAUCAUUAGUUGAUGGAGAUGUUGUUUUUAACAAACAAAACCAAAACCCAAGCAUGGGGCAGUUUCUUCCCAAAUCGCAAAGAAUGGUUCUCCUCUUUUUUAUGUCUAUAAUAUAAAUUUUGUUAAGAAUAACAUGAAACAAUACAAACAAAUAAUGGGUGUUGAUCACCAGAUACAAAGCAAAAUAUAGUCACGAUGUGUAUAAGGCAGAAAAUAACAGCAUGUUAAGUAAAAUAACCAAGCAAAAAAGAUUUUUAAGGGGUCUUGGGUCCUCCUAGUGACAGUUAAUAAAAGAAAUAAACAUGAACUACAGUAAUCAGCAUCAAAAGUGGCUCUUCUCUUUUUAAAGAUGCCAGUCCUUUGGAACUCCCUGCCUAUUAGUUGUACUGUUGCAAACAUUCACUAAAACUUUUUAUUAUUUCCAUGCAAUUCUGUGUGGACAUACAAGGGUGCAUCCAAUGCUAGUCCUACACAGAGUAGAACCACUGAAAAUAAUGAACAUGGUUAUUUUUUGAAAGUAAUAGAGGGAUGAUGGGAGGUGAAUGAAACAGUGCCUGGUGGGCACAGGUUCAUUCCCUCUAUUUUGGGCGAAACCACUAUGCUUUUUGUCUUUUAUACAGUGGAAGGACUAUGUGAAGGGAUCAGCGCUGGCCUGGUGGAUAUUGCUGUUUGGGUUGGUACUUGUUCCGAUUACCCACCUGGAGAUGCUUCCACUGGAUGGAACUCAGUCUCUCGCAUCAUUAUAGAAGAACUGCCAAAAUAGAGCUCUUUCAAAGAUUCUCUCCCCCCUUUGACCACUUAUAUUUCAUACCUUACAUAUUAACUCCAUGCUUUAAAUCUAUAGUUUUCUAUGUUAUCAAAGUACUUGACUAUAACGCACAAGCUUGUUCUACAG